GGACUACAGAAUCGUUGAGUAAAGCCGGGGAACUUCCCAUUCAGGAAGUUUGUUUUGAGGAUGCUGUGCAGAUCUCUACAUAUAAUAAACCAUCGCGAUCCAUAUCAGCUCCAUUAGAAGCAGCGCACCGAGCAACGAAAGUAACGUGCGUCAUACCGGCUAGCUCGCUCAUUUAGUGCUAUUCAACAUUUUAACUGUUAAAGAGACCACGACGACGACAGCGAAGACGACGACGACGAAACCCAAGGGUCAAACGAAUGCCAGCCAGUCAAUCGGAAGUCGUUGACAUGAACGUGUCAGUUUUACUAGCACCAGUGACCUUGCGAAAACCACUGGUGGAAUUUACGUUGUUGUUGUUGUUAUUGAUGUCUCUGGUAAUUACUAUCGACUCUAGAGUGCUGUUGGAAGAUUCGUGGGAACCAAUUCAAUGUGACUUGCCGGGACUAACGAAGAAAGGCAUCUGCACGGCUGCCAGUAACUGUGAGGCGUAUCAAAGAAUUUUGAAUGAAAGCAGGGGUAACUCAAUUGAAAGGGAAGAUUUCAUUCAACAAUUACAAUGUGGGAAGUUUGAAGGAGACCGAGUAUGUUGUCCAGAUAGUGAUAGCUACCAAAUUGGUGUUUAUGAAGAUGCUGCAACGUGUGGCCAAGCCGCUUAUGGCUAUCGGAUUCGAGGUGGAGUGAUUGCAGACAUAGAUGAAUUUCCUUGGAUGGCCAUGCUGCUAAGGAUGCACCGAAAAUCACAGUCACUUUAUUAUCAUUGUGGUGGCGUACUGAUAGGAAAGCAGUUCGUUCUAACAGCAGCCCACUGCAUCAGCCCGAAGAUUGGGGAUUCAAAGCAGGAUCCAUUAAAAUACGUCCGCCUGCGAGAGUACGACGUCUACCAGGACCCGGACUGUAUGAUGGCCAGUGGUUUCAUGGAUUGUUCCGAGGAAAAACUAGACAUGAAACCACGCAAGCUGAUAGCACAUCCGGGCUUUACAGCGGGCUCUCCGGACCGGAAUCACGACAUUGGGCUCAUUCAAAUCGAUCCCAUUCCGACGUAUUCGGACUUUCUUCUGCCGAUUUGCCUUCCGGAAACGGGUUUCGACCAGGGUGAUCGACGAGGCCGGAUGCAUAACGUUGCCGGAUGGGGGAAAACCGACUUUUUUUCCGGUUCGGGAUCGAUUAGCUGGAGUCCAAUCAAGAUGAAAGUUGCCCUCCCAUUCGUUGCCUGGGAGGUGUGCCGAGACGUGUAUAAACCGAUGGGAGUGGAUCUGCAGCGAACGCAGAUCUGUGCCGGUGGCAAGAGGGCAAGAGAUUCCUGCGCAGGCGACAGUGGGUCUCCAUUGAUGUAUUACGAUAUGAAGAAUGCAGUGUGGGUCCUAACGGGAAUCGCAAGCUUCGGAGUUAAAGACUGUGGAAUGGAGGGGAUACCUGGAGUUUAUACCAGUGUAAAAGAGCAUCUGUCGUGGAUAAAAGAAAGUAUUAGCAGUGCCUAGCAAAAAGGAACA